CACUUCCUGGCUAGCUUAGUAGCAUGUUAGCCUUUUCGUUAAGGUAAUGAGGUAAGGAUGAACAAACGUGCAGAACCUAUGGCUUUGGUGCUAUUAAAAAUUUAAAUCCACAGAGUGUACUGUAUGGUCACUUAACGGAUUCAUAAUGGGAACACAUUACUGCAACAUAUGUCGACAAACGACAUUUUCUGGAAAAAAACACAUUUUCGGAAAACAGCAUCAAAGCAGCCUCAGAGUCGUACUGACGAAAUUCAUAGAAAAGGUGAAAGAAGCUCGCCGAACAAUCAAAAAGCCUCAAGUGGAAAAGUUUGACUGUAUUCAGCACAAGCAGACGUUCUGGUGUUACUGCUGUGAGGCCGAAGUGGAGAAAAAUGUGACAGACGACAAGAUGACCGUGCUGUAUGGAGGCCUGUUGGAACACAUGGCUACUAAAGAACAUAAGAAGAACACUCACAAAUUCUGGUGGGACAAUAAAGCUGACCAGAAGCUCAAAGAUAAAGUUCUCAUCACAGAGGAGGACAUGAAGAGAUUUAAAGACGAAGUGGCAACUGUUUUAGAAACCUUUGUAGAGGAGGAGGAUGACUUCAUCAAACAGCAAGCAGCUGUCAUCCGGGCGCAGGAGAAGCACCGUCAGGAGGUCUUUGAGUCUUUUUUAGAGCGCGAUGAAGAACCGGACUUGUCUAAUGGAGCCAGCAGCGCCGGCCCCCCUGCUGGGGUCUCUGGGAGCAGCUCUCAGUUUCCACAUCCAGGAUUGCAGGGUCCAGUCCGGGGCGGCGUCGGUGACUCGAUGGCGGAGAUGCCAUGGACGGCAACCGAACGAGGCUUGACUUUUAUAGGUUAUCAGGACUCAUCAAACAGUGGAAAUAUUCACACCGGCGCCGUCCCUCCUUGGCUUCAAGACGACCCUCAGGAGGGAACGUCUGGAUCUUCAGAACCGACGGCGAUCGGCCCGUCGCUCCAGGAGUUCCUCAAACACAAAGAGCAAGAGAAGCUGAGGAAGCUUCCUCCAAACAGGGUGGGCGCCAACUUCGACCACAGCUCGCAUACGGACGCCAACUGGCUUCCUUCUUUUGGUCGGGUGUGGAACAGUGGGCGGCGCUGGCAGUCCAGGCACCAAUUCAGACAAGAGGAAGGACAGAAGAAACGUCCGAAGAGGAAGCGGGAGCAAAGCGCAGAGAGCUUGAAGAGAAAACCAAAUGAGCAGCUUCCAAACCCUGACAUUUAACAGAUUUGGGUGAAAACUAUAGAAAGGUUUCCUGAUGGAAAAGGCUUCUUUAACUGAUGUAAAUAUUAAAGUUUAUUGAGCAGCAACAUCUUAAACUUAGCCAUGUUUUGUGCACUAAAGGCUAGUUUUUAGGAAACAAGCUUAACGUGUAUUUUGCCAGUGUGAGUAAAGUGUUUUAAUGUAAGUAUAUGGGAGAGAAAAUGUAGAUUUAUGUUAAUAUAUCGUUUUUUUUAUGUUUAGACAUUUACAGAGGCAUUUUAACAGCCUUAUAGUAAAAGUCACUCGUUUAUUAGGAAGUGGCUUCGUCAUUUUGCCAUUUCUUGUCCGUCUCAGUUAAUUAACAUUAUUAAAGUUUUUUUUGUAAAUUAA